AUGGGUAUCAAAGAGGAUGGUGCAAGUAGUUCAAUAUUUCCUCACUGGCUCCAGAUUCUACUGGGAGAGAAGUUCUUCAACCCAUGCAUAACUCACGAGUUUGCAAAGAAGAAUGAGAAGAACAUCUUUUGCAUGGAAUGUUGCAUCAGCAUAUGCCCCCAUUGCUUACCUUCUCACCACCCUCACCCUCUCUUACAGAUAAGAAGGUAUGUUUAUCAUGAUGUUAUGAGAUUGAGAGAUGCUCAACAAGUGAUGAAUUGUUCCCUUGUUCAACCAUACACAACAAACAGCGCAAAAGUGGUAUUUUUGAACCAAAGGCCAAUGUCCCACGGCUCCUUGAGAUGCUCAGGCAGGGUUUGUGUUAAAUGUGACCGUUUUCUCCAAGACCCAUUCCUCUAUUGUUCUCUCUCCUGCAAGGUUCAUCACCAACUAGAGACCGCCAACAGUGGUGGAAACUGUGAGUUACCGAUAUUACCAGAAAAACCGAGAAGUAAGAGCCUUUCAGAGAUCGAAGAAGAUGAUCAUGAUCAUGACCAAACGACUCGUGACUCGGUCCUCGACUCUAACUCGGGUUCAGCGAGUGCACGCGCAAUGAGAGACAAAACAGUAGCUUGUAGUACUGUCACAAAAGAGUUCGCGAAAAUGAAACGCGGUAGCUUAAACUCAGUGCCUCGGGGUUCUUACCGGCUUAGAUGCUCGCCGGAGUCGGAGAUUGCCCUGGCUUUGAACCGGAGAAAGGGUGUGCCUCACCGUUCACCGUUGAAUUGA